AUGGUGAAGUUUUCUAGAAUGCUUGUGGAUGUUGAGAUAUCAGAUCAUUUACCUCAGUUUAUCAACUUUCUUAAUGAGCGUGGUCAAUUGAUGGUGCAGGCUAUAGAGUUUGAAUGGCUGCCUACCCGAUGUUCGCACUGUAAAAGUUUUGGACAUCUUGGUUCCAGCUGUAAACGUGACCAAGGGGCUAUUUGGAGGAAAAAGGAGACGAAGACCGGGCUGGGGAAUGUGGAGGCUGAGAGUAAUCAAGCAACUACUGCUACUGCGUCUGAAAUUUUUCCAAAGGUUCCUCAUGAUCAGGUGACUGGUAUUGAUAUACAGACAGGAAUGUUAAAGCAGAAAUGUAGUUCUAAUUUUGGGCAAGAACUGAAAUGGACCACACAAAAAAAAGUGGGAGGAGCUAAACAUAUUAUUCUGGAUACUCAGAAUUUGAGGACUAACAAGUACAUUGUCUUGCAGGAGAGUCAAAUGGAGGCCACAAAGAAGGGUCAACAAAAGAUCAAUGAUUCUAAUGGAAGGGUGCAACGUGCUUUUCUAGAAACCAAAUUGAGGGAAAAUAAGAUUGAGGAAAUGAUGAGGUCUGUUUUUGUGGGUUGGGACUGUUUCAAUAGUCCGGUUGUUGAGGGUAGGAUAUUAUUGGUUUGGAAAACUAGUCAAGUCUCUCUUAGUAUUCUCCAGGAAGAUGAACAAUAUGUUCAUUGCUCUGUUAAGAUUAAGGGUAUUACUCAGAAGUUUUGUCUGACUCUCGUUUAUGUUUUUGACUAUGAUGAUCGAAUUGGAGGUCAUCCUGUUACUGAGCUGGAAUUGGAAGAUGGUCGUCAUUGGAGGGUCUCUUGGGUUGAUACUUUUCCUGACUCUGAGGCUCGAUUUAACUGGGAUGUCAUCUCUGACCAUUGCUACUGCAUUAUAAAAACUGUUACAGUUCAGAUUUUAGGGGCCAGGCCUUUUAAAUACUUUAAUAUGUGGGCUGAUCAUCAAGAAUUGAGAAGCACUGUGUUACAAAAUUGGUCUGAUCCAAGUGAAGCUUCUGGUUUACAACGAAUUUUAAAGAAAUUACACAGAUUAAAAUCUGUCCUGCUUCAGUUUAACAGAGUGAAAGUUGGUGAUGUAGCUAAACAGUUUUCAGAAGCCAAGGUUAAGUAUCAGCAAGCCCAGCUUUAUUUGCAACAGGACCCUCAUUUGGUUUCUCUUCAGCUUGCUGAAAAAGAGGCUUGUGUAGAGUUUGGCCGUCAAUCCAGAAUGUAUGAGAGUUUUCUAAGGCAAAGGAGUAAGAUCACUUGGCUUAGAUUUGGAGAUGAGAAUACUUCCUAUUUUCAUGCUAGUCUAAAGCAGAGGAAAGAUGGUAAUUGGAUUACUUCGUUCAUGGAUGAUACAGGUCAGGUCAAUGAUAAUUAUGAAGAGGUUGUUGCUUAUUUCAUUAAUCACUUCAAAGGCUUUUUUGGCAGUCCUAGUUCGGCUACUACUCGGAUAGAGCAAGAUUGCUUCACUCAAGGGGCUGUUUUGACUCUAGAGCAACAACUUGGAUUAAUAUUGCCUUUUACCAAGAAUGAUGUUAAGGAGUCAUUAUUUAGUAUUCAUUCAAUUAAGAGUCCUGACCCCGAUGGAUAUGGUUCGAGAUUUUUCAAAGCCUUAUGGAAGGAUAUAGGGGAUGAAAUAUCAGAGGCGAUUUUGACAUUCUUUGAUCGAGGAGAGCUUCCUCAUGACCUUAACAAUACAAUCAUUUCCCUUAUUCCUAAGGUUGAUACUCCCUCUAAAGCUGCUGAUUAUAGGCUGCUGGAUAGAGUUCUUCUUGUGCUUGUUCGUCAAAACCAAGGAGCUUUUAUCAAGAACCGCUUGUUUGUGCAUAAUAUUCUUAUCCUCCAAGAUCUUCUUAAAGGCUAUACCAGGAAAAAUGUCUCUCCCCGCUGUUUGAUAAAAAUAGAUCUUAGCAAGGCUUAUGAUUAUCUUGAUUGGGUCUUUUGGGAGGAUCUAUUGAAAUCUUUUUGUUUCCUUAGCCGAUUUAUUCAGUGGAUUAUGGUUUGUCUGACGAGUAUCUAUUAUACUCUUUUGAUGAAUGAGAGGUUGCAAGGGGGUUUUUGUGGGAGGAAAGGUUUAAGACAAGGAGACCUGAUUUCCCCCUUACUGUUUGUGCUUGUCAUGGAGUAUCUUACUCGUCUUCUUAGUCAUGCUACUCAUAACAAGGAGUUCAGAUUUCAUCCCCUGUGUAAAAGUCUGCACCUUGUCAAUCUUUGUUUUGUGGAUGACCUUAUCUUAUUUUGCAAAGGCAAUCUCCGGUCUAUCCAAAUCUUGUCUGAUGGUUUUACCAAGUUUAGUAAGGAUUCUGGUCUUUUUGCCAACUUGACUAAAUCUCAAGUUUAUUUUGGUGGAAUUUCCUCUGAAGAUAAGAAAAGUAUUUUGACUUAUGUCAAUAUAGAAGAGGGCAUUCGAAUGUAUUGGAUGAACAUUUUUCUUCUUCCUCAAAGUGUCAUUCAUGAAAUUGAUCGGCUGUGUCAGAAAUUUUUAUGGGGAGCAAAAGGAAACCUCAACAAACUUCACUGUUCUUCCUGGGAUCAGAGGGAUUCAAUUACUUAUGCUAAGGUUGUGUGGUGUAAGCUUUCUGUCUCGAAGCACCGAUUUAUCUUAUGGCAAACGGUUCUUGGCCAUUUGCUUACUAGGGAUAAUUUGUUGCACUGCCAUGUUCCUAUGGCUUCCUCUUUAGGCCCUGUUUGUAAGAGUGUAGAUGAGUCUCAUGCUCAUCUGUUCUUCGAAUGCAUAUUCUCUCAAAAGGUAUUGAAGCAUAUCAGAAGGUGGUUAGGACCAGCUCUUUGGCCUGACAAGGAUACUGAGUGGAUUCUUUGGAUGGAUGGGAAGCCUAAAGGGAUGUUACGAAGGAUUGCCGCUGAUUCUCUGGCUGCGGAAGUUUAUUUCAUAUGGAUUAAUCGGAAUUCUUGUAUUUUUGAUCAUUGUUCUUUGUAUGUUCAAAGAAUUGAUUGUAUGAUAAAAUUGUGUCUGAAAGCUAGACUGUUUAGUAUUAUGAGACUGAAUUUGCAGGUCAAAGAGAAGCUAAUUUUAGAGUUUUUUAGGAACUUGUAA